AUGGUGAGUACAGCAGGAGACAGCUGGUGCCAGCCAGCAGGACCAGAGAAGCCUCCAGUGGCAGUGGGGGACCGACCUGCAGCCAUCUCCUGCUCACCGCUCUCUGGAAGCACCAAGAACCAUAUGUUGUUCUUGGCAGGUGCAAUCAGCAAGACUGAAUGUAGAAUCUGGCAGUGCCCUGCCCUCCCUGAUGCACCACAGAAACCGGAGGCGCUGCCAGCCACUGACAGGCAGGAGAUUGGGCCCAGAGCCAUCUGUCCACACUUACUUUCUGCUACUGCUGUUGCUGAUGCCCAGCAAGCUCCCACAGGCCUGCAGAAUGAACUGCGCUUGACCUCGCAGAAAAAGCUGGUGCUGAGAGGGAAAUGUGACAAGACGCUUGGAACUUUCAGUUUUCAAAAAAAGACCCCCGGAGGAGUCUAUCAGGUGGAUUGUCAAAGACUUUUGGGCGGCAGCUACCCCGGUGGGAAGCAGACCCAUUUUUGUUGGGUGGCGCUCCUGGGGAUCGAGGCAGCAACCCUCAGCGUGCGGAGGAUUGCCUCAGGGUCGCAGACACCUCCUGCAGCUGUCGUCCGGACCUGCUCCUCCCUUUCCUCCUACCCUGACCCCUCCCACUUCCCCUCGAGCGAUUCCUCCUCCUCUGGGGCGUGUCUAAUCAACUCCACGCCCCCAAACCCCGCCUCUUCCUGCCGUUGCUCCUCCCUCACGCCCUCCUCCUCGGGUAGUCCUCCAGCCCCGCCCCUUCCGGCUCCUGGUUCUCACGCCCCUCCUUCUGGUUCUCACGCCCCUCCUUCCGGUUCCCAUGCCCCUCCUUCCGGUUCCCACGCCCCUCCUUCCAGUUCCCACGCUUUGAAAACCAGAAGUGACAGGCCUGUGAGCCAGAACUCGGAACAGGUAGAAAUUCCCUUUGCUGCACCGGUCAGUUUUCGUGGAAGGGGGGGGAGGUACCGAGAAUGGGAAGCCUUCUCCUUCCAGACUAAGAGGGAGCUGUGCAAAGCGCAGAAGGAAUUUGGGAGAAGAAGUGAAUAUUUUAAGGGUUUACUAAAAGCUACCUUCUCCACAAAUGAAAUGGUCCCUCAUGAUCUAAAAGAAUUAUUUUCCUGCCUCCUUUCCCCAGCUGAAUUCAAGCUGUGGAAACAGGGGUGGAAGAGGUCAUUAGAGGCCAUCCUUCCAGAGCUGUUGCACAGCGAAGAAGCCGCGGUUGACGCGGAUGAAAACCCUCUUACCCUAGACCACCUGUGCGGCGAAGGGAAUUGGGCAAAGCCAGAAGAACAGGCCAGGGUUUUACCCCGGCCUGUACUGAUCAAAAUUGCGGAAGCCGCAGAAAAAACGUUUAACACCCUACCCGAGGAGGAACCCCAGAUUAACUUUUUAAACAUCAAACAGCUCCCUAACGAAUCCUUUACCAAGUUUGUGGAUAGGCUGCAAACGCAGGUAGAAAAACAGGUGGAGAGAGCGGAGCUGCAAGAACAGUUUGUGUUAGAAGCAGCCAAGGCCAACGCAAAUGAAGCCUGCAAGCAGGUGAUCUUCAGCCUGCCUCUCUACCCGCCUCCUACGCUGGACAUCCUCAUCGAAGCCUGCACUAAAAAGGUUCCGAUGGUAGGGGUGUCCAAGGCCAUACCACCGCUAGCACCGAGGAGGAUGCCUACUGCAGCCGUGACCCAGCAACCAACGGGCCAGUUUCCACCACCACCUGCACGGCCAUUACAGUGUUACCGCUGCGGGCAGCUGGGUCACAUGGCAAGAGACUGUCCAGCUGCCCACCCUUGCCAAGGACAUUUAGGGAACAAUUUGGGAGGAAGGGCUAAAGAGGGGCACUGGACAGUAGUUGCUGUGGACCCACUGGAGGGGACAAUGAUGGAUUCAGGACACGUCAGUAAGUACAUUGCCAUCGGGGACACCAAGCACACACCCCCAGAGAUUGAGAUUUCUCCGAUCACCUUCCCAGGUGGUCCGGAGAACCUCAUUCUCCUAGCGCGCUGCACUCACCCACCAUACUUUCUCCCUAAAGGCCAGAUCAUCGCCCAGUUUAUCCCCAUUCCCGAGGGUAUCCCAGUAGACGACCAUGCACCAGGUGUCUACUGGGCAGAAGUAGUGGGUGAGGAUAAACCCAUCAUAGACUGCAGCGUCAAGCAGGGUGCCGAAUCCUUACAAAUGAAGGGCCUGCUUGACACAGGAGCGGAUGUGACGGUCAUUCCUGAAAGGAGGUGGCCGUCACAUUGGGAGUUGCAACCCGUGGCAGGAAAGAUACAGGAAGCGGCCACUGUAGAGCGCCCCUUCCAGAAGUUAGAUUGGACCACUAACGAAGCGGUCUGGAUUGAUCAGUGGCCGCUCAGGAAAGAUAAAUUAAAGGCGCUCAACGAACUCGUGGAGGAGCAGUUAGCGAAGGGCAAUAUAGUCGAGACCACCAGCCCUUGGAACUCCCCGGUAUUUGUAAUCCGUAAGCCGGGGAAGGACAAGUGGCGGCUCCUUCACGACCUUCGAGAAAUCAACAAGAUCAUUGUGGACAUGGGACCCCUUCAGCCGGGGAUGCCUACCCCAACCAUGCUCCCUCGAGAUUGGCAAUUGGCAGUAGUUGAUAUAAAGGAUUGCUUUUUCCAAAUUCCCCUACAUCCUGACGAUGCCCCACGGUUUGCCUUCUCGGUGCCCACUCUUAACCGAGAAGCCCCAGUGAGGAGAUUCCACUGGCGAGUGUUGCCGCAAGGCAUGAAAAAUUCACCCACCAUUUGCCAGUGGUACGUCUCCUCAUUGCUGUCUCCUGUACGCGCUAAAAUGGGGGAGGUCAUCAUCCAUCACUACAUGGAUGAUGUCCUAGUGUGCGCCCCCCAUGACAAUCUACUCACACGAGCGCUUGACCUGGUGGUUGAAGUUCUGACCUCCGCGGGAUUUCAACUCCAGGAAGAUAAAGUUCAAAGGAUGCCACCCUGGAGGUACCUGGGUCUACAGAUCGCUGAGAGGACCAUUGUUCCUCAAAAAUUGGCCAUAAACAGCGAUCCUAAAACUCUGGCAGACCUCCAUUCCCUGUGUGGGACAUUGAACUGGGUCAGGCCUUGGCUGGGCCUCACGACUGAGGACCUAGCCCCCCUCUUCGUCCUAUUGAAGGGGGAGAAGGAGCUGAGUUCUCCUAGGUCCCUGACCCCAGAGGCGAAGAAAGCCCUCGAGAGAGUGCAGGAAGCUCUGAUGGAGAGGCAGGCACACAGGUACGAGCCAGCCCUGCCAUUUGAGUUUAUUGUAUUGGGGAAGUUACCACACCUGUGUGGGCUGAUAUUCCAGUGGGACCGGGGCUCCAAGGACCCUCUCUUGAUCAUAGAAUGGGUUUUCUUGAGCCACCAGAGGUCCAAAAGUAUCACCAGGCCACAGGAGCUGAUGGCUCAGCUCAUCAGGAAAGCUCGAGCAAGGCUUCGGGAGAUGGCUGGGUGCGAUUUUUCAUGUAUACGGGUACCAGUCAGCUUGUCUCGGGACAAAGCGUCCCCAGAUAAGCUGACUAAAGAAAUGUUUAAUCAAUUAUUGCAGGAGAAUGAGACUCUCCAGAUUGCCUUAGAUAGUUACAGUGGACAAGUUUCAGUCCACGCCCCUGCACACAAAUUUUUCAAUGCAAAAUUUAAUUUGAUUCCGAGAGAAAUUAGGAGCCGAAAACCCCUCAAAGCUGUGACUGUUUUUACAGACGCAUCUGGAGCAUCCCACAAGUCAGUGAUGACUUGGAGGGAUCCUCAGACUCAGCAGUGGGAAACGGAUAUUAAGUAUGUGGAGGGAUCUCCACAGGUUGCUGAGUUAGAUGCUGUCGUCAGAGCCUUUGAGAGGUUUUCUGAACCAUUCAAUUUGGUAACUGAUUCGGCAUAUGUUGCAGGGGUUGUAGUGAGAGCUGAGAACGCAGCUCUCAAGGAGAUCUCUAAUCCCCAGCUAUUUGAGCUGCUUUCGAAAUUGAUUUAUACCGUUUCUCACCGAAAGCAGCCCUUUUUUGUCAUGCAUGUGAGAUCGCACACAGAGCUCCCGGGCCCGGUAGCCGAGGGAAAUGAAAGAGCAGAUUCCCUCGCUGCCCCUGUUAGAAUGGCUCAGCUUCCUGAUGUCUUCCAGCAAGCCAAGUUGAGCCAUCAGAUGUUCCACCAGAAUGUGCCUGGACUGGUCCGCCAAUUCCACCUGAGGCGAGACCAGGCCAGGGCCAUUGUGGCAACAUGCCCACAUUGCCAGUCCACCGCGAUGCCGUCCCUGGGAUCGGGGGUUAACCCUAGAGGCCUGGGGAGCUGCGAGGUGUGGCAGAUGGAUGUCACCCAUGUCCCUGAAUUUGGUAGGUUCAGAUAUGUUCACCUCUCCAUUGACACUUUCUCAGGUGCAGUCUACGCCUCUGCCCACACAGGAGAGAAAGCUGAGCAGGUCUGUAAACAUCUCAUGCAGGCUUUCUCUGUGUUGGGGGUCCCCAGAGAGAUCAAAACAGAUAAUGGCCCAGCAUAUACCUCCAGGAAACUGGAGGAUUUCCUGCAGGAGUGGGGAGUGCAACAUAAAAGAGGCAUCCCACACUCCCCCACAGGCCAAGCAAUCGUUGAGCGAGCCCAUCAGUCGCUCAAACGCGUCCUGACCCAUCAAAGAGAGACCAUGAAGGGCUGCACCCCACAAGACCGGCUGUGCAAAGCUCUUUUUACUAUCAAUUUCCUAAAUUGUUCAGAUAAUGAUUUAAACCCUCCAGUGGCCCGGCACUUCAUGUCAGCCAGCAACUACCAGUUGCAACACCGCCCUCCAGUGCUGGUCCGAGACCCGGAAACCCAGAAGAUCAUGGGUCCAUUUGAACUGGUGACCUGGGGGCGAGGUUAUGCCUGCAUUUCCUCACCCCAGGGGCUGAGGUGGAUCCCGCAGAGGUGGGUGAAGCCUUAUGCCCCCAAACAUCCAACCAGGCCACCAGACAGCCCGGAAAAAGAAGCAACGUCCGAACAGAGAAGAGCCAUCCUGGAUAUGACAACCCUGACCAUCACCCCAACCAUCGUACUCCUGAUGCUGCUGGUGACCCGGACUGCAAUGUGGAUCGUGCCUCAGCCCAAACAAAAUGUCUGGGUCAUGUUAGCAAAGUCCCUGCAACGAGACGAAUUGUGCCUAUCCACCGGAGCAGCAGGAAAUCCGAUGACCACUUGCCUGGUGGGGAUCCCAUUAAAACCAGAUGAGUACCCAGAGUCCCUGUUACAAUUAGUUGAAGAGGUUAAUAAAGGCAGACCGGCUCAGCGAGUAAUCCGCUCUGCACCAACCUAUAAAGUAAAGAGACCUGUCCAGAAUCCCCUCCUCCUUUGGAGAGACUGGCAGGCCUCCCUGGAACGGGCUACUGCUGAGCCCCAAGAAUUUGAUUUGUUAAACUCCUCCCCAGCACCCUAUUGUAUCCACUUCCGUUAUUAUCCUUCAGAUCCUACUUUGUAUCCUCAGUUAAUACAAGAUAACAAACAGUUUCAAGCUGCCACGUGGUGCAGAAACAUCGCCCACAUAAAAAUGCCUUCUACCCUUAGUUCUUACCCUCUUAAGUUACCCAAAGGCAUGUUUUUAAUUUGUGGGGACCGAGCGUGGGCUGGCAUCCCCUCUCGCCUUCUCGGAGGGCCAUGUACUUUAGGCCGGUUGUCCUUGUUUGCCCCCAACACGACCCAAAUUGAAAAUUGGGAACGAAAAAAUAAUUCGAUUAUUAGGAAGCGCAGUCUGGAGGAUAUUGACCCCGACUGUGACUCUGAAAUUUUUCAUUGGAAUAGACCAAAACGGGUUGCAGUGUCGGUAUUUUUGCCAUGGUUAGCCGCUGCUCAAGCCCUGGGCGAAUUAGGCCAAUUAGAGUGUUGGGUAGUCAAACAAGCCAAUUUGACGUCAACUGCGCUGAGCGAACUCCUCGAAGACGAGGAGAUAACCAGGCGAGCCACGCUACAGAACCGUGCAGCCAUCGAUUUCUUGCUGCUCCUGCAUGACCACGAUUGCAGGGAGUUUGAGGGACUCUGUUGCAUGAACCUUACCACCAAGAGCCCCAGCGUCCGCCAGACUAUCGCGGAGAUGCGAGGCAUGAUCCACCAAAUCAAGCAGGAAUCCAACGACUGGGUCACCAACUUCUUUUCAGGAUGGGGACUGUCCGGAUGGCUUCUCUCCAUUAUUAAGACUGUGUUAUUCACAAACAGCCUCAAUUUAUCAACAUAUGAAGGAGAUUGA